AUGGCCGUCAGUUCUAGGUCGUCUCUGCGACUCUCUGCGCGACGACGGGAACAAUCCCCUCCAGCAGCCGCGAAGAGACAACGCAUCGUAGCCCAGUCUGUCAGUGACCAGCAUCACCCUCAGUCUAGUGGUCAUCAUCGCACUUCCUCUCGUCGCAAAAGCUCUCCUGAUCUCCUGGACGUCACAAUCGAAGACACCUCCGACAGACCUCGCCAACUUCCCCUGCGACACGCCAGCUCGCCCGUCGUCGUCCACCCACGCGCUCAUCCUCCCUUCUCUACUACUCCCAUCGCCAACAUCGCAACGACCAGCUCUCCCUCUUCCUCCCUCCAUCGCCCCGAUUCCCGCACCCCACGAAACAAGGGGGCCCAUCUGCAGAAUCUGGAUCGUCGCCGCGCCUCUACUCAUGCCACGCCUUCCGCGAUAUAUCUACAUAAUGGACGCGAGUCCCCGGAUCCCCUCGACACCAUCUCUCCUCUGACCACGACCAAGCCGCAUGCGAAUCAGGAUCGGAACCAUGAUUCCGAUCUGCAUUCGUCCCCCGUCAGCGCCUUAACUCGUUCUACUCGCCGCUCCGCGCAGCGUGCAGACAAUGACAGGGAUAGCGAGAGGGACAGCCCGGAUGGGGGCCGCAGGAAUCCCACAACGCCGGCAACGACACCCGCUGCAGACACGGGCGACUCUGCCAGUGUAAAGAAUACAUCGUCAAGGGCUAUAGCAACAUCCACAUCUGCUGCCAAGGGAGAUCCGACCCCUUCCCAGUCGGCGUCAGGUGGGGGUCCGGCCGUUCCGGAGCGGCGGUCCCUUCGAUCUCAUGACGCCGGUGCCAGAUCGAAAUGUGAGCUGGCCUCGUAUUUCUCCAACUACGAGCAACUUCUAAGCUUGGAGUCUCCAGAGCCAGAAUUCCUUGCCAGAGACACAACUGUCCAGUUGAUCGAUGACCUUGCCGAACCCAUACGUGUUCCCUCUCCUGCGAUUGAGUCGCCAUUCGGAAAUCCCUUGCUGCAGAUACAUGGAUGUGAGGUGGUCGAGUUGCCUGAUCCUCCGCAGGCAGAUGACGGAGGGGAUGCGGAAGAUCCCCUGAACGAGGGAAUCUACUUCCGUGCCCAUAGGAGAUUCGAGAGACAGGAGAAACAGCUGCGCAAUAUCGAGCGGGAACGGGCGCAACAUGAGAAACUCCAGUUGGAUCGGAUUCUGGACGAGCUCCGGGGCCAGGACUGGCUGCGCACCAUGGGCAUCAGCGGUAUCUCGGACGGGGAGAAGAAACUCUACGAACCGAAGCGGAACUUCUUCAUCAAGGAGCUCUCGGCGUUGGUGGAGAAGUUCAAGGUCUGGAAAGAAGAGGAGAAGCGCCGCAAGCUGGAAAAGGAAAAGAUGCUAUUAGCGCGGCUGGAGGCAGAGACGCAUGAAGCAGAACAGAAGCAUACCAGCCUGGACGGACCUGUCCUACCAGAUACUGCGAGCAGUCGCGGGGAGUCCGCCGAUGCCAGCGACGUAGAUAUUUGGGCUGCCAGACAGCUCCACCAGGAGGCCAAAACGGCGACCGCGUCAGUCGGGAAACGACCCAAAGCGACUUACUCCCAUAGACGACGACAGGAACCUACUAAAGAUGAUUAUGAGUCUCCGAAACCAUUGCCUCCUCCCCUUGCUCCCCCGAUACCCGUACCACCGGAGCCGCAAAAGCCGUUUGUUUCAUUUUAUUCGAAGCCUUCCCUUCGCGAAGCAGCCCUGUCGAGCCGUCGGAAGGGACGCACGCGACUCGCAUUCGGCCAUCCGAUCCCGGAAAUGGAGGAGCGCGAGUUCAGAUUACCCGAUGACAUUUUGACGCCUGGGGCAAUACAGGCUUGUCGAAGGAAGAGGCGGAGGAUGAAGCGGGAGAGCCGGACGGGUUAA